UAUGUAUCAUCAAUAAAUGCCCUCAUUUUAAAAUAGCUACAAAGGACAUUUGGUUCGAUUAGUCAAGUGUGAUAUAAGAGUUCUUUGUUUCUUGUUUUUAUUGUUUUUUUUUUAUAGUGUAUGGACUGGAAUAUUAUAAAAUAAUGUACAUAAUACAUAAUUAUGUAUAUGGUUUGAAUGUUCAAAUAUUUCGAUUUGAGGUACUGAUAGUAAGAUAUUGGAUUCCUAGUUUGAGUGUUGUUCGGAGCUUAGAAUAUUAAGUAUCGUGGCGAGAAGUAAAAAUACAAAACAUACAUUUUGCUUGCAAUCAAAAACAAGUGUUCUCAAUAUGAAAAUUAAUCAAUUUCUUCAUUCUGCUUUUUUUAAUUAAUUGAAAUAAAGAACGUUUCCUAGACAGAAAUCAGUGAUUGUUCUCGAAAGCAGGCAUCCAAUACUGAGCCCGAAGGAGGCUUUCAGAAUUGGAAAACGACAAAAUAUUUUUGCCUACAUAAUUUCAAAAUAAUACCUACAUUUUAAAAAUGGAAGUGAUUGAUCUCUGUGUUGACGAUCCUGAAAUGAAAAUAAAAAACGAUAAAAUACUUAAGAGAAAGUUUAAUGAUCUCAAAAAAUUCGUUCCUUUCUUGAAUUAUCUUUUUGACUCGAAACUCAUAACUCCGUACAAAUAUGGAAUAUUGAUGGAUUGGCUUAAAAUUAAACAUCAUGCAACCCUUGAUGAAUGGCACCUGAGUUCCUGCGACAGCUAUAUAAGACGAAGGUACGAGCAACUUAAAAGUACAAUGGAUAUCCCAACGCACAUACUCGAGAUUUUCGAAGGCGGAGCCUCAAUUAUUAUUUCUGAUGAAGAAGACUCAAACUUGCCAUCGAUAUCAAGAGAAGAAGAUAAUUUAACAAAUGAAACCACCCAAAUUAAAUAUAAAAAUACAGUACAUAAACAGCAAAGUUCAAUGUCAAAUAUUGAAAUCCCACAAAUGAAAGAGGAUUCACAAAAGCAUACAGAAAUAUCAAGUUCUCCAAUAAAAAGGAAAAAAGAAAUAAGCCGUACUAAACGAGAAAAUAAAAUUAGUUCCUCGUCCAAAAUAAUUAAAAAAAAUGGCACUAGUCAUCAUAUUAAAAAAUCCUUAAAAGGAAACAGAAACACUACCAAUGAAGUCGAUACAAGCGUGUUUGAUAUUUUGCCCUUACAUGAUAUUGACAAAAAUGAUGAGGAAAGUCGUAUGCUCAAAGUCUGUUCGCACAAGGAAUCAUCUAAACGCUUAACGAUUCCAUCAGAAAACUAUGUGAACUCAGAUCGAAAAAACAACAAAAAGAAACACACAUCAGAAUCAAAUGAUAUAAACUCCGCAGAAAUGGAAUUUCAAAGUUAUCAAAGUCUUAUCAAACAGAAAGAAAAGUUAUUAGAGCUUUUAAAAGAUGAAGAUGAGAAGUUAGAGCCUUCAAUAUCUGUAGAAAAUUUUAAUGUGAAACAAUCACAAGAAAUCAAAUUAUUCCAAAGAAGAAAAUCAGCACAGAUUGAGAGAAAAGAAUCUACUAUAGAUUCGGCUAGCAUGUCAAUUAAAUCUGUUCUUACAAGAAACCCAGAGAUUGUUCCAGAGUUGAAAAAUGACAGUUUGGGACCAAAAAUUCUGUACGACUACACAAAUGUUACGAAUAUAAAUUCUUCAAAAAAUAAUCCAAUAAUAAGCCGAUCCAAAUCAAACGAGUCACAAAAUGAAAUGAGUCAGAUCAAUUCCAAAGCAAAGUUAUUAAAAGUUAUUCAAAAUACAACUUCAAAAACGCUUGAAACAAGCAACAAUAGUUAUGAUACAGGUGAUGCAUACCGCAAAGCUUUGUGUGAACAACAAAUUAACUUCAAAUUUCAAGAGAGCAGCCAACACUCUCCUGAUCGAAAGCAUCGAACUUCACUGUUUAAACAUCAAAUUCCCAAAGAAAGCAAUAAUUGUUCUCAUAGCUCAAUCAGUUCAAAAAUUAAAAAAUGCAAUAAAAAUGUCGACCUGCAACACGAAUCUAAACAAAAUAAACUAGAACAUUCUUCAAUUAAUAAAAAGCUUUGUAGUCAAAAAGAAUCCAAUUCUAAUCCAUCACGGCUCUCAAUCUCGAAGUUGCCUUCAACAAUAUCUGAAGACAAUAGCCAAAUUCCAGGGAUUCGAAAACAUAAAGAAAUACGAAAUCAGAUUGAUGAUGUUGAACUUAAUUCUAAAAAUGUUAAUAUAAGUGAAGUUAGAGAGAAGCCAAUUGAAAAAAAGAAUUCUUUUAAAAAUCAUAGCAGCUCUUCUAAAUCGAAGGGAAGCCCCACGGAAAAAGUUGAAGUUGUACCUGGGCAUACGAAGAAAAUUAAAACGCCAAAACUGUUCAGAAAUGAAGCAAUAAAACGAAGCGGAGACAAAACUGAAAAAUCAAAUCAAGAAAUGAAUAAAACCAGUACAAAACUGAAAGGUGCGGGUGAACACUUAACGACGAAAUCAAAGAACGUCUCAGAAAAAAAUCAAAUUCUUGAUUUGGAAAUAAGACUUAUACGGUGUGACCAUGAAUCUGUAGAAAAAUGUGAUAAAAUAAAAAAACAAAAUAAUGUUAACGAAAAGAAUAAAAGUACUGAUAAGGCAAUAAAAUCAAAAGAUAAUAUAUCUACGAAUAAAAACGCUUCUAAAAGAAAGGACUAUAUACAAAGCACAAAAGACGCCAAAAACUGCACAGAGAAGAAACGCAAAAUAUCAAAGCAAUCAGAGAUUAAUUUCAUUCCUACUUCUGAAAAGUGUAAAACACCCCUCGAGAGGUUAGAAGGCGAAAAUAAUUGCUUGAAUAUUGGCGGAGAAAAUAAUUUGGAUCAAGAGAAAUUAAAAAGUAAAGAAGGUGCCAAAAAAUGCUCUGAUAAAAGAAAUACUUUAGAAGAUAAUUCCCAUAUCAGUAAAACAGGGACUAAAAGAAAAGCCUCAGUAGAAGAAGAUAGCACUAAGGUAACCAGUAGUAAUUUGACAGAAAAGAGAACUAAAACAUCUAAUCAUUCGUAUGAGAAUAAAUCCGCCAUACAAUCUAAGAAUUCUCCACCUAAACGUUUAUAUCGAGAACUCAAUAACCUUACUUGUACAUUCAAAGAAAGUUUACUUCCUAAAACUAUUGGAAAGCGACGGUGUAGUUCUGCUUGGCUAAACUUUACCGAUAAGGUUCAUAUAAAUUCGAAAAACAUUGAUACUGAACCAAUCUCUUCACCAAUUCAAUGUCGCUUUGGAGAAAACUUACAUUCUAAAGCCAUUGUUAUACGCCGUUGUAGUUCUAGUUGGCUAAACUCAACCGAUAACGUUAAUGACAAACCAAAAAAUGUUGGGACAAGACCUGCCCCAAUUCAACGUAGGCGACAGACUUGUAGUGGCUUGGCUAACCUAAAAUUGACAAUACGACGCUCAUGCGACCGAAACGAGUAUUAUAUCCCAGAUAUUGAACACCACGCAUCUUCUGAUGAUACUGAUGAAUUUAAUAUCUCUGAAAAUCGUUCAAAGAACACAAAUGAAAUUAAUGCCAGCCUCAGUGUUAAAGUAACUGAAAACAUCUUGGAUAAUAAUUUAACAACCAAAGACUCUCCAUGUAAAGAAAUCGCUUUUGAUUACAAAUCAACGGGAAAAUCCAUCAAACCAAAUAUCGAUUCUAAUAUGAUAUUCAAAUCUACAAAAACUUGUGCUUUAUGUAACAAAAACUCGAAAGAUCUAACACACCACUAUGUAUCAAAACACAAAACGGAAUCGUACGUAUCCCGGCUAUCCUCGGUCGACAUAGAAAGAUUGGAAGGCAAGACAAAUGUAGCCAUACCGGUUGGUAGACAUCGUUUUAGAAUAAUAUGUGUGUUUUGCAAGCAAAUGGUAGAAGAUCACUUUGAAAACUUUUAUGCUCAUUUUUCGUAUCACACGGGGGAAUACAAUUUCAAGUGUGAAGGCUGUGGCAUUAAAAAACCAUACAAAGAAGACAUCGACUCACAUCGAUUACGAUCAAGAAUAUGCAUUAAAAGCAAUACCAACAAAAUCCAUAACCACUUGGAAACAAAAAUUAUUCAUCUGUAUAUUUGCAAAAUUUGUAACUUUGGAAAUUUGAAUGAAAUAAAUUUAAAAAAUCAUGUUCGAAAACAACAUGGGAUAAUGUCUUAUCUCCCAGAUAUCUUUAAAAAGUGUGUAUUGGUCGCAAGAAAAAGCCUUGAAAUUAGCAAAGAAGUUGAUCCAGUUGGACGUGAUGAUAAACAUUAUGAGACGGAUAAUACACCAGCAAAAGAAGAAGACCCUCUUUGUGCAGAACAAGAGUUACCAAUGGAUAUACAAAACAUGCUGAUUAAUGCAAGUAAUGCGUGCGACAAUAGUAGGUCAGUAAAAGAAGCUUCAGCUCUGAGUCCCGAAAUACUUUUGGAAAAAAUGCAUGCUCCAAACCAUGAAAUUGUCACGACUGAAGCUUGUUUGGGCGAGUCACCUUGCAAAAUCAAUGAAUUAAUUUCUUUAGAUCAUAAUACUCAAGACAAAAGUGCAUUUGAGAAGUCAAAUCAUGAGACAAAACGAGUUUUAUAUAAAAUACAAUACACGAAAUCAAUGACGGAUUUAAUUACCAACUCUCAGAGUUCUACUAAAGCGGAUUCAACAUUCCGAAUAGAUUUGACGCUUCAAGAUUCGGAAUCCUUAAGCAGCAUUGAAACAUUCGUUAAAAACACAACCGAAAGUACAGAAAAUCCUGUAAGUGAUAUUAACGAUCAAAAGAAUGAGAUGUCAGAAGGUGAUAAUUUAAGCAAAAAAGCCGAAAGGAUUUCAAAGAAACUUCUUACAUCCAAAACUACUAUUGAAGAAGAAACUAACAAACUUAUAGAGGAACACUUUGAAGAACUCCCAGACUCGGAACCCGUACCUAUCACUGAAGCGCACACGAAAACACUAAUUAAUCAAGUAUCUAAAAAUGUAUUAACGUUUGGUAAUAAAGUGCCUUGCAAGAGCCUCCUAGAAAUACACUUAGGUAAACUCACUGUUCCAAAAGUUUCAAAAGAAACGAUGAACCAAAGCACCGAAAAAUAUUUCAAAGGUCUUCAUAACACAGAACGUUCGCCUGCUAAUAAAACUUGUAACAUGCAGGUCCCAAAAGAAUUAUUAAAUACAUUUUCAGACGAACGUAAAAUUGAAUCUUCAACAGAACAACACAAACAUUUAAUGAUUUACCGUCAAUACUGCAACUUGGAUACAAAUUAUUUUGGUUUAUAUAAGUGUUUAAUGGAGGAUUGUUUUUAUUCUACCAACUCUAGAGAGGAAUUCAAAAUACAUUCGUCGAACAAUCACAUAAAUCUCAACCAAUCAAAACUAUAUGAUUGUCCUUAUUGCAUAAAUAAGAGCUCCUGCUUGGAAAAAGUUAGUAACCAUAUUUGGCAACAUCACAGCAUGAGCAUUUACCAAUGUGUUGGGUGUUCUUAUCGAAGUAUGGUACCUGGCAAUGUAAUAAUCCAUCGUAAAAUAUAUCACAAAAAUAUUAAUACAAAAAAAUCAAUUUACAAAUGCUGUUAUCUUAGCAUGGAAGAAAAGAGAAAAUAUAGAUCUUCGUCAGAAAAUACUAGAAACAACGUAUCCAGCUUGAAGUGUCCGGAUUGCUCAUAUCAAUUUUUUGCUGUCGCCUCAAUAAAACUGCAUUUGCGAAAUUCGCACCCAGAAACAUUUCAAAAGUUUAGUUCCUUAAACUUAAAUGAACUCGCUUGCAUAUAUUGCAAUAGAGUAAAACUUUGUAAACAAAGUAUGCAGAUUCAUUUAGCAUUGCAGCACCCAGAUGAGCCUUGUUUUGUUAUUGGGAGAAAAGAAAAAAAAGAUUGUGAGGAUGCUUUUGAAGAAGAUCUUAAACUAGUGGAUAUUAGUAUGGAUGUUGCUGAGUCUGAUAUUAUACUUUUUGACGAAUGCAAAAACGUCAAUACAAAUAGAGAACAAGAACCGCUGAACAAUUUAGAAUCGGAGAAAAAAAGUAUGGAAAGUUUUGAGCACCAAUCUUCAACAAUAAUGCCUCUGGAUUCACCAAAUAAAUAUUGCAGAUCGUCUGAUAAUUUUGUCCACAACAAGUCAUCAGAAGUAAGUUCCGUCACAACGCAAACCAACAGUACCUUAAUUGAAAACAAAGAUUCGACGAUGAAACUGCAUAAGAUGGAAGAAACACAAUUUCUUUCUAUAACACAACUGCAAACGACGGACGAUUGCUGUGUUCAACUGAUGAGCGAAUCCAAUGAUAAUCCCGAUUUUCAAGAAUCGAACCAAAAUGAAACAUCAAAAACUUGUGAAAGAGUCGUUAAAAUCAACUUAAAUCCACAUCCUAUUGUGGAGAGUUUACACAUAAAAUCUCCAAAAGAAUCAAAUGAGCGAGGUUCUAUCCUGAACGAUCAUGGCCAAUUAUCAGAUCUACAAAAUAAACAACUAAAUGAAGCUUUUGAAAAAGAUGGAAAUCCUCUAAAGCUCUUACUGGAACUACUCGUCGAAAAUACUGGCGUUCAUAACUCUACACUUUUUAAAUGUCCACGCUGUAAUUCUUCGUUUAUGCACUAUGGAUUAUGGCUCACGCAUAUGAAAAAUAAUCAUUCAAACUUUGAAUGUGGUAACUGUCCAUAUUGUACAAGUCAAUUACAAUUUGAAUCGGCAGAAACUCACUUUAAAAGCCACCUUCGUCAUAAGUUCAUUUGUUAUUACUGCAUCGCAACUUUUUCUACCAAUGAGGGACUAAUUGAACAUUUUGCUUACAAUCAUGACAAUUGUAAUGUUAUUGAAAUGCCAAUAGAUUCGUUUUAUAUGGUAAUGAAACAAAAUGCUAUAAUAACUGAUUACACAGCAUUGCUACAACAUUUCAAUAAAUCAAUACAUUUGCAUUUGACGAAACAAAUUCAACGGCAUACUAUCAAUGAGUGGCCAGUAAAUCUUACAGAAUAUUUUAUCAAUGAAAUGGGGAUCCCACAAUAUAAAGUAGACGGACAACCGUUAUACAAGUGUUUCGUCAAGUUGUGUUCUUUUGUUGGAUCAAACGAAGACUGUCUUGAUAGCCACCUAGUCCUACAUGAACUACCGAAUGUUUUCAAGUGUACAUAUUGUAAGCUCGAAACUACAUAUUCCAGUUGGGAUAGUAUUAAAUUUCAUCUUUCAACACAUCGAAGUUCUACUUUGCAUGUUUGUUGUGUAUGUAAAUUUAUUCAUUACAGCAAUGAGGGUAUUAUAAAGCAUAUAAACAACCUCCAUAACAGUAGAGAUGUGCCAGUACUCAAUUUAAAUAGAGGCGAUUUAAAUCACAAAGUCUCAGUAUCAAUUUUUUUACCUCCGAAUAAAAUCAGUUUUACAACUUCAAAAGAUUGCUUCUGUUGCGCAGAGGAAAUAGGAAAUAGCAAAAAAUAUGUUCAGCACUUGAAGAAGGUUCAUAAAUUAACUCUAUGUACGAGGUGCCAAAUAUGUAGCGAAAUAAUACUGACACAUAUCAAUGCAGAAGUUCAUUUCAAGGAGGUCCAUCAGAUGGACAUGUUUAAACUAAGAUAUGAAGUUUGUACUACAUAUUUGUACAAUUUGAUUCCAAUAUCCUGGUCACCUUUAAAAAUGAAAAUGCACCUUAAAAAAGAAAAGCAUUCUGAUUUAAACAUCGAUUCGAAUCCAAAUGAUCUAUCGUUGGUAGAAAUCAAAGAAGAAAUUUUAGUGAAGAACGAAUUGGAAUUGAAAGCGGAGACGCAAAUACAAAGUAUUUCUAUAAAUUGUUUAGAUACAAAUCAGCUUUUAGAGAGGGGACUCGAAAAGACAUAUCAACAACAAUCGAAGGAUCUUCACGCAAAUUUAGUCCAGCAGCCUGAAGCAGCUAUUGGCAACCAGGAAGCCGAACAUUCACCGAACAUUUUGCAAAAACAAAAUGCAGUUACAAUGGUACCAACACCCGGUCUUCAAUGUUCUUUAACCGAACAAGAUAUUGCAAGCGAUAUUCCCUCACCUACCCAAAGAACUAUCUCCGGAGCACCGGUUCUUGGAGCCCAAAGCUCUACAUCAUCAAAUACUCUUUUAAGAUCUUUACUAUCUUCACACCAUUUGAUUCUGCCCAACCGACAGCCCUCAAAGCAAACGCAACAUAAAGUAAUAAAGGAGAUACAGUUGACUGCUGGAAAUGUGGUUGUUUCAAUACCUUCAGCAGCAUUUGAAACUUCAACAGCAGAACGGCCUGCGAUUAUAGAAACAUCGCAAAGGAUUCCUGUUAUAACGAGUAGAACGCCCUGGAUUCCAGAAAUGCCUAGCGUACAAAUGCAUCAAUCCAAUGUGCCCAGUUUUGAUGAAAUAGUUUCAAUUUGUGGGACUUGCCACUUUGAAUGUAAAGAUUUUAUUCAUUUACAGUCCCAUUAUGAAGCAACACACGCAAGUUACAAUGAAUGUUUUUAUUUCUAUGUGGACCGUAAAAUUGGUUGCAUGCAUUGCGACUUUCGAGGUGGUGUAAGUUCCUUUGCGUAUCACCACACAAUUUUUCAUCCCGACAAAAUAAGCCUGUGUCACAGUAUUAAGGAACCAACGCGCUGUGGCAUUUGCAACAAUAUGUUCCGCUACCCUCUAUCAAACUUGCCGCCCGUUUGCGCUUGCCCAUGCCCAGGUCCUCAAAUAACUCUAGCCGAUUGUUUGAAUUUGCCACUUCUUAUGAGUUUACGAGAAAUUGGCUAUCAAUACUACAAAUAUUCAUGCGAUGUAUGCAGAUUGCCGUUUCUAUCUCAGCAGCAGUUUCGUCAACAUUUUGCUAUUUUUCAUCAUCAAAUUUUAGACACUGGAAUGUUGAAAACUAAGCUCAAGUAUUAUUGUUGUAUGUGUUCUUCAAUGACAUCGUAUAAAAUUUCUGACAUUGUUCAACACAUGAAAUUUUCUCAUCUUAUAACAAUGAGCUUAACGUUUCCUCAAAAAAUUGAAUACUAUAAAAAAAUUCGAAUCGCAUACCCAAAUGGUUUUUUAGUGUCCUUAGAUGACUUACGUAACACUGGCAUAUUUAACGAGCAAACCUUUAUGCGAGAUAUAUAUAAUUUUGAAGCUGGAUAUAUAUAUUAAAUAUUAUAAUGUUUUUUUUUUAAGUUUUCAUGAAUGUUUUAAGAUUUUGUUUUUAAAUAGUGGAAAAACUUAGUUAUAGUAGAUAUCGAAUUUGAACAAAUAAUUCCAUAAGAAUUUUCAUUGCAUAUUAUGCAAGAUCAUUGCAGUUUAAUAUUGGAAUUCAAAAAAUUGUUUGGGUUAGCCGGAGAUAAUGUGAUAAAGUUGUAUUAUUAUAUGUAUGUAUUAUUUGAAGUAUGUAUGUAUGUGCCAUUUUAUAAUAUUUUUAAUAUUACGGUGAAAUCUGAGAAUUGAUGAAUAGAAAACUAAUUAGAAUUAAAUGUAUUUUACCUAUAUUUAUUAUUGUCUUGGAACACUAAGUAAUAUUUUUUUUUGCA